UAUUUCGAAUGGGAACAGUAGAAUGCAAUAUCUUUGAUUCUUGGUGAUUGAGAAUUUUUCUCUCUUUACAUUGACAGUGGAAAAUCACUUUAGAAAAAAUUGUCCAUUUGAAAUGUAAUGAUUCCCUCGGAAACCACUGACAAAUUCCGAGACCAAUCCAGCCCCAUGUACAGAGAAAGCUAUUUGUCCAUUUGACAAAUGACCGUGACACAGAAUUCUCAAUAAUUCUUGGAAUGCUGAUACUUAGCAGUGAGAUCUGAUUGUGAUACAGAUACGCCACUUUCAAAUAGCCAUAAGGAAAUGAUCUCCACGACGGUCUGAAUUAAUUACUUGCAAUGAUCUCUCAUUGACAUUUAGAAAUGUCAUUGCGGAGGGCAAUUAGCCUUUUGCUACAAAUAGUUUGCAGUUGACUCGUAGAUGAAGCAAAUGAAUCAGAAGCACGUCGUGGUGUUUCACAAUAACAAGGCUGAGGAAACCCCGGCUUCCCUUCACUUUUUAAAAAAGGUGUGGUGUCAGUUGAUUGUCAGUGGGAGUGCAGAUAACAACGACUAAAUAACAUCAGAUUUCAAUUACGUGCAUGUCUCCUCAUAAGUUCUGUUCAACCUUGAUUCAUCUAUUCUGAACAACAGUGGACACGAUGGGUGCCAGAAACUGCAAAUCUUAUUCUGUGAAGGGAAGAGGAUCGAAAAAAGUUGCAGUCGAAGACAAUCAAGACAAGAAAAAUGAAUCCGAGUACGUCGAGGGUAUAGUCUGCAAGGAGAGCGAAAUCUCUGAAAACGAGAUGAAGGUGCUUCCCUUGGGUGACGAAGGUGGCAAGAUACUUUUGAUAAAGCAAAAGGGAGAGAUCCACGCAAUUGGCAGCAAGUGCACUCACUAUGGAGCCCUUCUGAGCACUGGAGUACUUGGAGAUGGCCGAGUGCGAUGUCCUUGGCAUGGUGCUUGCUUUAACAUCAAAACUGGUGACAUAGAGGAUUAUCCUGGCAUGGACUGUCUUCCCUCCUACAAGGUAAGCGUCACAAAUGGCGAUAUCAAGGUUCAGGCCAAGAGAACGGAUCUCAAAGACAACCGACGAGUCAAGGAAUUCACUGGUCAACUCGAUUGUGAAAAAACAGCUGUCAUUGUUGGAGGUGGACCGAGUGCCGCCACCUGUGCAGGGACCCUCCGAGAGGAGGGCUUCCUCGGUCGAAUUGUCAUGAUCGCCAAGGAACCAUUGCUUCCUUAUGACAGGGUCAAAGCUUCUAAGGACCUAGAGUACGAUGUUGAGAAAUCUCUUUUGAGAUCCCAGAGUUAUUACGACGAGAGACAAAUCGAGACGAAAUUAUCCACUGAGGCAGUGAGUCUGGAUACAACUGCCAAGACAGUUCAAUUGAGUAAUGGGGAGACCCUCAGGUACGACUACGUUUUUAUAGCAACUGGUAGCAAACCGAGGAGACCUGAUGUGCCUGGAUCAGACCUGAGGAAUAUUUUUGUGCUGAGGGAUCAGGCGGACGCAACAGCAAUUGUCAAGCAGCUUUCACCGGAGAAGAAUCUUGUCGUCCUAGGGCUGAGUUUCAUUGCAUUGGAGACUGCUGCCUAUUGUUCCAACAAAGUUGCAUCAGUGACAAUCGUGGGGAGGGGAAGGACUCCCCUCAAACCCGUUUUCGGGGAGGCUAUUGGAAACAGGGUGAGAGAGGAGUUCGAGAGCAAGGGGAUCAGAUUCAAGGUGGAGACAAAUAUACAGAAAUUCAUUGGACGUGAAGAUGGAACUGUGCACCAGGUCGAGCUGGCCACUGGAGAGGUUCUCUCAGCUGAUGUCGUCAUUGUUGGAAUUGGCUCCACACUGUACACUGACUGGAUGAAGGGCUCUGUCGAUAUGAGAGACGAUGGAUCUGUCGUGGUGAAUAAACAUCUUGAGACCAGUGCCAAGGGAGUCUAUGCCGGUGGCGAUAUCGCUUAUGCUCCAGUUUUUAUUGCUAAUGAUGAAUCCUCCACUAUUUCGCAUUACCAACUGGCCCAGUAUCAUGGAAGAAUUGCUGCUUUAAAUAUUUGUGGGAAGAAUACUGCGCUCAGGACUGUUCCUUAUUUCUGGACUAUGUUAUUUGGCAAGGGCUUUCGUUAUUCAGGUUUUGGAUCUGCAAGUAGUGUGAGCAUUUAUGGGUCUUUGGAGGAGUUGAAGUUUUUCGCUUAUUACUAUAAAAACGGAAAAGUCAUAGCUAUGAGCAGCGUGAGGAUGGACCCGAUAGUAUCAGAAUUCGCUGAGUACUUGAGCGAGGGAAAAACUCUGACUCAAGAAGAGGUGGAGGCAGAUCCUACAGGAUGGAUGAAGAAUAAACCUGUGGAUGCUUUGAAGGCCUUGCCCGAGAAGUUUUCAUCAUCGAUGUGGAGGUGCGAGCAUCAACAGAAACGGGUCUAUCAUACUUUAACCAUAAGCCAUCGUAAAAUUAACAGCUGUCAACUGAGUAAUUACACGAUGAAAAUGUCGAGAUUAUUAAUCAAAUGCUCGCGGAGGCUACUCCGUCCUUAAUUAUUUCAGUGUGAAGAUAAUUUAUUAAUGUAAACAAGUGGUAAAACGUUUCUCUGAAUGGAAGGAAAAUUCACGUGUUCUAGUAUCAUUUUGCCAUUUGAGUACUGAUUUUCUAUUGUUAGUGGCUUCAGAGAUUAAUAAAUUACAGAGUAAUGAGCACAUAUUGUUUAAUAAAGGUAUGAUCCAAUUA